AGGAGUUCGAGACCAGCCUGGCCAACAUGGUUUCUUAACAUGGUGAAACCUUAUCUCUACUAAAAAUAUAAAAAUUAGGUGAGCUGUAAUCCCAGCUACUUGGGAGGCUGAUGCAGGAGAAUCCCUUGAACCCAGGGGGUAGAGGCUGCCAUGAGCCGAGAUCGCGCCAAAAUAAUUCAAAGACUGUUGUGACUGGAAACUUGCUAUGUUCUGAAUGUGGAGCCCUAGGCUCCUUGCCACCUGGGGAUUUUGGAAAUGGUGUCUGAGCCUAUGAGAGUGUUUGAAACCCAGCCAGUUGCAAAGAACUGAAAUGCUGUCUUUCCUUACUCCACACGCUGCCCCAUAGUUUCUCUCCUUCUGGUCCAGCUCCUUUAUGUCCCUGCCUUCUGUGUUUACUUGCCCAAGAUAGCUUAUUCUGAGCCAUUUCUGUGUGGGGCAGCCCCUUCCACAUCUUACCAGUGCCCUUCCAUGCCUUAGGAGCCCAUCUUCUCUCCAAACUCUGACACUACAUUGGUCUAGGCCUUGAUCUCUCUCACCCAGAUUCUCAACCAUUCUGCAUGCUAUCUUAGAGUAAUCUUCCCACUGGCCAGAACUGACCACGUCACCUUCCCUUUUGAAACACUUUAUGGUUCUCAUGGCCCACAGGGAGAGUCUAAGUGCCACGGCAUCAUACCUGAUGCCUCUGUAGCUUUGUUUUCACUCCAUCCUUCCUGUGUUUGUGUGUUCUGGUCACACUAACUGCUGUAUAAAGUCUUUCCUGACCCCUCCUAUGCCCUCACUCAGAGUCCACAGAGUUCUUCUGUAGUGACCCAGACCUGAGUAUUCACUGCCCUCAAAGGGUCCUUGAUGGCUUGUACCCCUCCCCCAGGUAGAAGAGCCUCAUGCUCAUCCUUGGUCCUGCCUACAUCAGUGUUUAUGGAACGAGAGAUGAACACAGGGCCCUCCUCCUCAUGGACAUGCUUUGCUCAGCCCCAGUGCAGAGAGCCCACGGCCAUCCAGUGCCUACAAUGGGGACCUCAAUGGACUUCUGGUCCCAGACCCGCUCUGCUCAGGUGAUGGUACCUCAGCAAACAAGACUGGUCUUCGGACCAUGCCACCCAUUAACCUGCAAGAGAAGCAGGUCAUCUGUCUCUCAGGAGAUGAUAGCUCCACCUGCAUUGGGAUUUUGGCCAAGGAGGUGGAGAUUGUGGCUAGCAGUGACUCUAGCAUUUCAAGCAAGGCCCGGGGAAGCAACAAGGUGAAAAUUCAGCCUGUCGCCAAGUAUGACUGGGAACAGAAGUACUACUAUGGCAACCUGAUUGCUGUGUCUAACUCCUUCUUGGCCUAUGCCAUUCGGGCUGCCAACAAUGGCUCUGCCAUGGUGCGGGUGAUCAGCGUCAGCACUUCGGAGCGGACCUUGCUCAAAGGCUUCACAGGCAGUGUGGCUGAUCUGGCUUUUGCGCAUCUCAACUCUCCACAGCUGGCCUGCCUGGAUGAGGCAGGCAACCUGUUCGUGUGGCGCUUGGCUCUGGUUAAUGGCAAAAUUCAAGAAGAGAUCUUGGUCCAUAUCCGGCAGCCAGAGGGCACGCCACUGAACCACUUUCGCAGGAUCAUCUGGUGCCCCUUCAUCCCUGAGGAGAGCGAGGACUGCUGCGAGGAGAGCAGCCCGACAGUGGCCCUGCUGCAUGAAGACCGGGCUGAGGUGUGGGACCUGGACAUGCUCCGCUCCAGGCACAGUACCUGGCCUGUGGAUGUCAGCCAGAUCAAGCAGGGCUUCAUUGUGGUAAAAGGUCAUAGCACGUGCCUCAGUGAAGGAGCCCUCUCUCCUGAUGGGACUGUGCUGGCUACUGCGAGCCAUGAUGGCUAUGUCAAGUUCUGGCAGAUCUACAUUGAGGGGCAAGAUGAGCCAAGGUGUCUGCACGAGUGGAAACCUCAUGAUGGGCGGCCCCUCUCCUGCCUCCUGUUCUGUGACAACCAUAAGAAACAAGACCCUGAUGUCCCUUUCUGGAGGUUCCUUAUUACUGGCGCUGACCAGAACCGAGAGUUAAAGAUGUGGUGUACAGUAUCCUGGACCUGCCUGCAGACUAUUCGCUUCUCCCCAGAUAUCUUCAGCUCAGUGAGUGUGCCCCCUAGCCUCAAGGUUUGCUUGGACCUCUCAGCAGAAUACCUGAUUCUCAGCGAUGUGCAACGGAAGGUCCUCUAUGUGAUGGAGCUGCUGCAAAACCAGGAGGAGGGCCAUGCCUGCUUCAGCUCCAUCUCGGAGUUCCUGCUCACCCACCCUGUGCUGAGCUUUGGUAUCCAGGUUGUGAGUCGCUGCCGGCUACGGCACACUGAGGUGCUGCCUGCCGAAGAGGAAAAUGACAGCCUGGGUGCUGAUGGUACCCAUGGAGCCGGUGCCAUGGAGUCUGCGGCCGGUGUGCUCAUCAAGCUCUUUUGUGUGCAUACUAAGGCACUGCAAGAUGUGCAGAUCCGCUUCCAGCCACAGCUGAACCCUGAUGUGGUGGCCCCACUGCCCACCCACACUGCCCACGAGGACUUUACAUUUGGAGAGUCUCGGCCCGAACUGGGCUCUGAGGGCCUGGUGUCAGCCGCUCACGGCUCCCAGCCUGACCUCCGACGAAUCGUGGAGCUGCCUGCACCCGCCGACUUCCUCAGUCUGAGCAGUGAGACCAAGCCCAAGUUGAUGACACCUGACGCCUUCAUGACACCUAGCGCCUCCUUGCAGCAGAUCACUGCCUCUCCCAGCAGCAGUAGCAGCGGUAGCAGCAGCAGCAGCAGCAGUAGCAGCAGCUCCCUUACAGCUGUGUCUGCCAUGAGCAGCACCUCAGCUGUGGACCCCUCCUUGACCAGGCCACCUGAGGAGCUGACCUUGAGCCCCAAGCUGCAGCUGGAUGGCAGCCUGACAAUGAGCAGCAGUGGCAGCCUUCAGGCAAGCCCGCGUGGCCUCCUGCCUGGCCUGCUCCCAGCCCCAGCUGACAAACUGACUCCCAAGGGGCCGGGCCAGGUGCCUACUGCCGCCUCUGCACUGUCCCUGGAGCUGCAGGAAGUGGAGCCCCUGGGGCUACCCCAAGCCUCCCCUAGCCGCACUCGUUCCCCUGAUGUCAUCUCCUCAGCUUCCACUGCCCUGUCCCAGGACAUCCCUGAGAUUGCAUCUGAGGCCCUGUCCCGUGGUUUUGGCUCCUCUGCACCAGAGGGCCUCGAGCCAGACAGUAUGGCUUCAGCCGCCUCAGCACUGCACCUGCUGUCCCCACGGCCCCGGCCAGGGCCCGAGCUCGGCCCCCAGCUUGGGCUUGAUGGAGGCCCUGGGGAUGGAGAUCGGCAUAAUACCCCCUCCCUCCUGGAGGCAGCCUUGACCCAGGAGGCCUCGACUCCUGACAGUCAGGUUUGGCCCACAGCACCUGACAUUACUCGUGAGACCUGCAGCACCCUGGCAGAAAGCCCCAGGAAUGGCCUUCAGGAAAAGCACAAGAGCCUGGCCUUCCACCGACCACCAUAUCACCUGCUGCAGCAACGUGACAGCCAGGAUGCCAGUGCUGAGCAAAGUGACCAUGAUGAUGAGGUGGCCAGCCUUGCCUCUGCUUCAGGAGGCUUUGGCACCAAAGUUCCUGCUCCACGGCUGCCUGCCAAGGACUGGAAGACCAAGGGAUCCCCUCGAACCUCACCCAAGCUCAAGAGGAAAAGCAAGAAGGAUGAUGGGGAUGCAGCCAUGGGAUCCCGGCUCACAGAGCACCAGGUGGCAGAGCCCCCUGAGGACUGGCCAGCACUAAUUUGGCAACAGCAGAGAGAGCUGGCAGAGCUGCGGCACAGCCAAGAAGAGCUGCUGCAGCGUCUGUGUACCCAACUCGAAGGCCUGCAGAGCACAGUCACAGGCCACGUAGAACGUGCCCUUGAGACCCGGCACGAGCAGGAACGUAUCCUUGAGACUGGUAGCACAACAUGGCAUAGGGACGGGGGCAGCAUUCUUGGCCUGGGAAGGAGUACACGACCUGCUCCAGGCCCGUUCCUUAGCUAUGGCGCAGAGCGGCGGCUGGAGCGAGCGCUGGCUGAGGGGCAGCAGCGGGGAGGGCAGCUGCAGGAGCAGCUGACACAACAGUUGUCCCAAGCACUGUCUUCAGCUGUAGCUGGGCGGCUAGAGCGCAGCAUACGGGAUGAGAUCAAGAAGACAGUCCCUCCAUGUGUCUCAAGGAGUCUGGAGCCUAUGGCAGGCCAACUGAGCAACUCAGUGGCUACCAAGCUCACAGCUGUGGAGGGCAGCAUGAAAGAGAACAUCUCCAAGCUGCUCAAGUCCAAGAACUUGACUGAUGCCAUCGCCCGAGCAGCUGCAGACACAUUACAAGGGCCGAUGCAGGCUGCCUACCGGGAAGCCUUCCAGAGUGUGGUGCUGCCGGCCUUUGAGAAGAGCUGCCAGGCCAUGUUCCAGCAAAUCAAUGAUAGCUUCCGGCUGGGGACACAGGAAUACUUGCAGCAGCUAGAAAGCCACAUGAAGAGCCGGAAGGCACGGGAACAGGAGGCCAGGGAGCCUGUGCUAGCCCAGCUGCGGGGCCUGGUCAGCACACUGCAGAGUGCCACUGAGCAGAUGGCAGCCACCGUGGCUGGCAGUGUUCGUGCUGAGGUGCAGCACCAGCUGCAUGUGGCUGUGGGCAGCCUGCAGGAGUCCAUUUUAGCACAGGUACAGCGCAUCGUUAAGGGUGAGGUGAGCGUGGCGCUCAAGGAGCAGCAGGCCGCCGUCACCUCCAGCAUCAUGCAGGCCAUGCGCUCAGCUGCUGGCACACCUGUCCCCUCUGCCCACCUUGACUGCCAGGCCCAGCAAGCCCAUAUCCUGCAGCUGCUGCAGCAGGGCCACCUCAAUCAGGCCUUCCAGCAGGCGCUGACAGCUGCUGACCUGAACCUGGUGCUGUAUGUGUGUGAAACUGUGGACCCAGCCCAGGUUUUUGGGCAGCCACCCUGCCCGCUCUCCCAGCCUGUGCUCCUUUCCCUCAUCCAGCAGCUGGCAUCUGACCUUGGCACUCGAACUGACCUCAAGCUCAGUCCUUUCUGCCUUCACCCAGAGGGUUCCCUCUGGGCCUCGGUGCCACCAGGGGGCGCUCCCGUCUGCUGGCACCCACCUGUAGCCUGUCCUUUCCCCCCCAUCCCCAGCUACCUGGAAGAGGCCGUGAUGCACCUGGACCACAGUGACCCCAUCACUCGGGACCACAUGGGCUCUGUUAUGGCCCAGGUGCGCCAAAAGCUUUUUCAGUUCCUGCAGGCUGAGCCACACAACUCACUUGGCAAAGCAGCCCGGCGUCUCAGCCUCAUGCUGCAUGGCCUCGUGACCCCCAGCCUCCCUUAGCUGCUAAGCCUGCCUUGCCCAGGGGUGGGAUGGCACUGAAGGCCAGCAGACAGGCCUAGGCUGAGGCAGGGUCACGGCUGGCCUUUACCUGCUCAGGCCCCCAUCUCUGGGGUGUUUGGGGGUCAGGGAGCAGGGAGCACUGGCCGUGGUCUACAGGGUGUGGUAGUCAGAAGGUUUAGGCUGGGCCCAGGGCAGGUAUUGCGCCUGCUUGGGUUCUGCCAUGCCUGGAGCAUGACCCUGAGAUCGUGACACCACUUGAGUGGAAUUUUCCAUGUUCCUUUUUACCUCUAAUUUGGAUCUUUUUGUUUUUGAAAAACAUUGAGAAAUUCAAUUAAAUGCUUUUGGAAUAAAA